GCUCCUCGCGCUGGUGACGUAACACGCAGGGUCAUUUACGGCGCGCAGGUUCAUUGAAGCUGGCUGGGAGAAUGGCUGUCAGCGAGGCAGUAGUCAGGUGAUGUGUGGCACGUAUUUCGCCCUUCGCCUUUCUCGGACGAUGGUAGCCGAGCUCGUUGCACUCAGGCGUGCCGCAGGUUGAACAUGAAGGCUGCCAGUACUCACACUGUCCUCAGACUCUGUGUGCUGUCGUGUUUGUUUUUGUUGUUGUUCACGUUCACACGCGCCACCGCCAAAAUGGCCUUUUCGCCCUCGCGCCUCGGGGUGCUGACCACCACUGAGCAGGGCCGAAGGAACCGCUACACGAAACAGAGGGACUCCAGCAGCAGCAGCGGCGGAGCUCCAGACCCGCGGGCGGAGGACCAGAGCCUGCAGUUCAUGUGGAGUCUGUACAGGAAGGCGGCGGAUGCGGACGGUAGGCCGAAGCAGCACAAACUGUUUGGGUCCAACACCGUCAGGCUGAUCCGAGCGAACACCACCAGAAAACACUUCCACUCCUCCACUAACGACCUGCUGUACACAUACAUCGUACAGUUCGAGCUGGAACACCUCCCACCAAACAAACUGCUGAGGGCAUCUUUCGUUCAUCUGAAGUCACCUGUGGCACCGUACCCUUCUGUUAAAUGCGAGGCCAGAGUGUCCUCCACACAGCCUGCCAGCGACUCGGAUGCUGUCGUUCUGGGCCCUCAGAGCCGUUGGGCAGAGUCGGACGUCACAUCCUUCGUAUCUGAGUUUAAAGGUGGCAAGCUAGUCCUCUUCGUUCAGUACAAGUGCUUGAAAGCUCGCCUGGUUCGAUCUACUGUUCUAAGGCACAAGGCCCAGAGGAAACGUCUCCCGCCACAAAACCAUGUACGAGCCCCUGCAUUGCUUCUCUUCCUGGAAGAAGAGGGACAUCCUAUGGAAUGGGCCAAGUAUGUUAAAGCCCCUUCUCACCCUGGCUCGAGGGCCCGCCGGUCCAAGGAACCGGGCAGCAUCGUUUCCGAUAUCCCGAACUACAAGCGAGCCAAGAACAGAGUGGCAAAGAACCAAUGCAAGCUGCAUUCGUACCGUGUGACCUUCCGUGACCUAGGCUGGGACCACUGGAUCAUCGCACCACACAUGUACAACCCCCACUACUGCAUGGGUGACUGCCCCCGGGUCCUGCACUAUGGCUACAACUCACCCAACCACGCCAUCGUACAGACCUUCAUCAGCGAGCUGGGCGUGGCCGACAUCCCACUGCCUUCCUGUGUGCCAUACAAAUACAAGCCCAUCAGCGUUCUGAUGAUUGAGAAGAACGGCAGCAUCGUCUACAAAGAGUACGAGGACAUGGUGGCAGAAUCCUGCACCUGUAGAUGACUGUUUGCUCUGGCAUUAAUGUGGAACAAGUUGAUAAAUGGACUGAACUACAUGGACCUUCCACCCAGUGUCCCUGCCAUUGUAGAGCUUCUCUCAACUGGCCAAUACCCAAAAAAGGUGUACUAUAGGCUCAUGAAGUAAAAGUUGAAUGCUUUUUUCUUUUUAUUCAAUUUUUUCUGUUUGUAUUUGUCUUUGUAUGAUUUUUAUUGUCCUGUUUGUCAUAUUCUAAUAAUGAAGGGGGAUUUGUGCAUUGUGUAUGUUGUUUGGACUUGUUAAGUGUUUGCACUUUACUUAACUGUAUAGAAAAGUCCACUCAAAAAAACAAAAAAAAAAAAAGAUAAAAAUUAUAUUAUAAAAAUGAAAAGUGUUCCUUUUUCUGGUGCCCUUUAGAUCAAGCUAUGCUUGUUGGACUUCUCAGAAUGAUGCUGCUGCUCUUACUGAUGCUGCUAUUGCGACCUCUCUUGGAAACCACAUGGUUUUGCACAUGAUGUUCUCUGUCAGAGGCUGGGGCCUCCAGAGAGAAGGAAAGGAGGGACUGUGAUUGAAUUGAACUGUCCUCAUUUCACAUGAAAGGAGAUGUGCAUAAUGCUUACAGAACAGAUAUUUUGAUACGUUUCUUAAAGAGAGUAUGACCAGAUUUCAUGCAAUUGAAGUAAUUGUUUUAUAAAUCUUGGGAGAUGAAAUAAAGUGCAUAUUUUGUAAACAA